AUCACGUUACGCCGUUUCCGGUUUUCCAACGGGCUGUGUUUCCCCUCCCGAGGCGGCGGCUGAGCGGCGGAGCCCCCCAAAUGGCCUGGCCAGAUGCGGCAGGUUUGCUGCUCAGUGCCGCCACCGCCACUGGAGGAGGCUUCGUGCAGCAGCAGCAGCAGCAGCGGCAGCAACAGCAGCAGCAGCAGCAGCAGCGGCAGCGGCAGCAGCAACGACAGCAGCGGCGGCAGCAGCAACGACAGCAGCAGCCGCCACCACAGCAGCAGCAUCGCCCGUCCCGCUGCGCCCCCAGAGCCGCGGCCGCAGCCACAGCCGCAGCCCAGCAGCGGGACAGCAGCUGCCGCCGCCGCCGCCGCCGCCGCAGCCCGCUGGGGAGCCGCAGCCGCCGGCGGCAUGAGGCGAGACCCGGCACCCGGCUUCUCCAUGCUGCUCUUCGGGGUGUCACUCGCCUGCUAUUCGCCCAGCCUCAGGUCGGUGCAGGACCAGGCGUUCAAGGCGCCCGUGGUGGUGGAGGGCAAGGUGCAGGGAUUCGUCCAGCCAGGGGGCUCGAAUAGCACCCGAGAGCCCCCGGUUUCGGGCUGGGCGGCGCUGGUGAAGGUGUUGGACAAGUGGCCGCUUCGGAACGGGGGGCUGCAGCGGGACCAGGUGAUCACCGUGGGUUCCUGCGCGCCCGUGGAGAGGAACCAGCGCUACAUCUUUUUCCUGGAGGCCACCGAAGAGCCCAAGGUCUACAAGACGGCCUUCCCUCCCCUGGACACCAACGGCAAGAACCUCAAGAAAGAGGUGGGCAGGAUCCUGUGCAUCGAUUGCGCUGUCCCACCCAAGUUGAAGAAAAUGAAGAGCCAGACGGUCCAGGUGGGGGAAAAGCAGUCCCUAAAAUGUGAGGCAGCUGCCGGCUAUCCCCAGCCUGCCUACCGCUGGUACAAGGAUGGGAAGGAACUCAACAGAAGCAAAGAUAUUCGGAUUAAGUACGGGAAUGGCAAAAGAAACUCCAGGCUGCAGUUCAAUAAGGUGAAGGUGGAAGACGCUGGGGAGUAUGUCUGUGAGGCAGAAAACAUUCUCGGAAAGGACACAGCCAAAGGCAAACUGAAUGUGAACAGCGUGGCCACCACCCUCUCGUCAUGGUCUGGGCAUGCUCGGAAAUGCAACGAGACUGCCAAGUCUUACUGUGUCAAUGGGGGCGUCUGCUACUACAUUGAGGGCAUCAAUCAGCUGUCUUGCAAGUGUCCUGUGGGAUACACCGGGGACAGGUGUCAGCAGUUCGCAAUGGUCAACUUCUCCAAGCACCUUGGAUUUGAAUUAAAGGAAGCUGAGGAGCUCUACCAGAAGAGGGUCCUGACUAUCACAGGGAUCUGCGUGGCUCUGCUCGUUGUCGGAAUUGUCUGCGUGGUGGCCUAUUGCAAAACCAAAAAACAGAGGAAACAGAUGCACAACCACCUUCGGCAGAACAUGUGCCCAGCUCAUCAGAAUCGGAGCUUGGCCAAUGGACCUAGCCACCCCCGACUAGAUCCUGAGGAGAUUCAGAUGGCAGAUUACAUCUCCAAAAAUGUCCCUGCCACUGACCACGUCAUCCGGAGGGAAACUGAGACCACAUUCUCUGGGAGCCACUCCUGUUCGCCGUCCCAUCACUGCUCCACAGCCACACCCACCUCCAGCCACAGACAUGAAAGCCACACAUGGAGCUUGGAGCAGACAGAGAGCUUGACUUCAGACUCCCAGUCAGGUAUCAUGAUGUCAUCCGUGGGCACCAGCAAGUGUAACAGCCCAGCCUGCAUCGAGGCUCGCGCCCGGCGUGAGGCAGCCUGCAGCAUGGAGGACGAAAGGCGGCCAGCCAUGCCAUACCAUGACUCGGUGGACUCCCUCCGGGAUUCGCCACACAGUGAGAGGUAUGUGUCAGCCCUCACCACGCCUGCCCGCCUGUCGCCUGUCGACUUCCACUAUUCCCUGGCCACGCAGGUGCCUACCUUCGAGAUCACCUCACCAAACUCAGCCCAUGCUGUCUCACUUCCCCCAGCUGCACCCAUCAGCUUCCGUCUCGCUGAGCAGCAACCCCUCCUGCGGCACUCGCCCACCACCGUGGCCCCCGCCUCUGACAUGCAGCGCAGCUACGACAGCUACUACCCGCCCCGCCGGGGCUGCUCCCACGACAGCAUGGGAAGUCUGCCCGCCAGCCCCUUCCGAAUCACAGAGGACGAUGAGUAUGAGACUACACAGGAGUGUGCACCCACCCUGGAACCGCCCAAGAGAACAUCUACAAGUCAUCGGCGGUGGAGGAAAUCCAGACUGAACGGGCACAUGGCCCAGCGGGCGCGGGCCGUCCGGGACUCCUUCUCACUCAGCAGUGCCUCCUACAGUGAAUCAGAUGAGGAGCUGGUGGCCGAGUGUACCCCUUUUCUCAGCAUCCACACCUCGGACAUGGUGGGCACGGACUCCCCUCCGCUGUACCAGCCAGUGGACAGCAGGACUUACUACUCCUUAGACAGACACAGCACCCAAGAGAGCAGACACAGCCGUAUCACACACCCACGGGGGAAACAAGACUCUGCUCCCCUCUAGGACCCACUUUUUCUCCCCUUCCCCACCUUGUCCUCCUUCCUCCCUCCCCCUCCCCACCCCCUUCUCAUUUCCCUCCUUCUGCUCCCGGUAUCUUUAAGGAGAACAAAAACCACACACUUGGAAAGAAAUAAAAAUAUUUUUAUUUUAUAUAAAAGGAAAAAUAUAACAAAAUGUUUUAUUUUCAUUUUAGCAAAAGUUGUCUUAUAAUAGCUAAUAGCAAAGACUUUUUUAUAGGAAACUCUAUUUAUAUGUAACAUCUUGAUUUACAGCUUCGGAAAAAAAAGAAACAAAAAAAAAAGGAGAGAUGGGCCAAUUUUUUGACUAUUUAAUAGAAACCUAUAUGUGGUGCCUUUUUGCUGUACGCUAAUAUGGAGCUCCUGGAGAGAAGGCUGUGGCCACCUCCGCUGUCCAACAGGUUAGUGAUUGGCUCUGGCCACCCCAAACCCACCAUCUUGUCUCCUCUUUCCUUCCCCCUCCCACCAAGAGAUGAAGCCCAUCCCACUCCCAGACUGAAAAAAAAAAAAAGGAGGAAUAGGAACUAGCCAUAGUGAAGAGAGUCAGAGAUGGGGUUCCCAGGUGGUCUUACAUGCAUCCUUCAGAGCCAAAUUUUAGCAUUUGGAGAAGAGAAACUUGGAGGGGGGAAAGCAACCAAACCCCCCCUCCCAGGUAAUGGGUGGGCAAUUCUGUCCCGUGGGAUUCCCUUCUCAGAAAAUAAGAACUUGGGUCCUAGAGACUAGAAGAAUAAAAGCUAAGAUGUCCAUUUUUGAGACAUUGAGAAGCUGGUUGUGGCAGGGUUGGGAGACAGACUAGAGCCCGACUGGCCAAAGUGGAGGACUUCCCCCCAUCCCUCUCCACCCCUGGCAGGGGCGGGCUUGGAAAGAGGAUACCCCUCCUUACCCACGGUGUCCAGGGCCCAGGGGUUAGCCCAGCAACGCAUCCUAGGUCAGGGAGAGCCAGAGCUGCGGUGGGAUGAGGGGUACACCCACCUCUCCCUGCCCCAGGGAGGUCUCUCCAGGGCUCCCCUCAGUUCUCUGCAGCACCUCGUUUACAUGGUUCGCCUUUUCUCUUUUACGCCUGCAUGUCCUGCAUUUCAGAUACUGUAGAUUGGAUGCAUGGUGAGGCUGUGAUUGAGAAGACACAAUUGACAGUGUAUUUGAUUUUACCUUUUAGCAAUAAAGUAACUAACCAAUCCCCUCUUCCCCCUCCCCCCAAUCCCUUCUCCUAGCCCCCAACCCAUCCUUCCAACCUCUUCUCCCCUACAAAGAAAUAAUUGGGUCUGACCGGAAAAAAAAAAUCAGCUAAUUCCUCGUAAAGUUAUUGUAAAACAAACAAACAUAAACCAAGGAGAAAUCUGUCCCAGAUUGUCUGAAUGUCUGAACUCUUGACUGUUGAACACUUGAACUUUUUUAUAUUAUAAAUAAAAAUCAAAAUAACUCAUUG